AUGGAGAACAAAUGGUUCUUGGACAUCAUCACUACUGAAUUCUUAGGUGGCAAGAUCAAUAUAGACCAGACCUUGAAACUGCUCAACAAGUUUAAUGUCUCCUAUGACUAUGUUCAUGUGAAAAAGUUGUUUAAGAAAAAUGACAAACAGAAGUCUGGAGUUAUCACCAUGGAAGAUUUCAGGGCAAUUUAUCGAUCUCUUAUGCACAGGCCUGAAUUUCAUGAACUCUUUUGCAGCUAUUCGCCGAACAAAAAAUUCCUUACUGCAGAAAAACUAGCUGACUUUCUAAGAAAGGAACAAUUUGAACUUGGCGCUGGUGAAGGAAGAGCUGUUGCACUGAUUAAUACUUAUGAACCUAUUUCAGAAGCAAAGAACAAAAAAGAAAUGAGCUUUGAAGGCUUCAUACGAUACUUGCUUUCAGAAGAAUGCAGCCUGUUUAAAGUCCUGCACAAAAAGGUUUAUCAAGAUAUGAGCUACCCAAUGUGUGAUUACUUCAUUUCAUCUUCACACAAUACCUACCUGAUAUCUGACCAACUUGUAGGGCCAAGUCAUCUCUGGGGAUAUUCAAGUGCCCUUGAUAAAGGAUGUCGCUGUCUGGAGAUUGAUUGCUGGGAUGGCCAAGACAACGAGCCAAUUGUUUAUCACGGACAUACCUUAACAAGCAAAAUUAGCUUCAAGAACGUCAUCAAUGUGAUCCAUAAGCAUGCUUUUGUGGCCUCGGAUUAUCCCAUUGUUCUGUCUUUGGAGAAUCACUGCAGCCCUCCACAACAAGAGGUCAUGGCAGCAUACAUGCUAGAUAUACUGGGGGACCAACUGGUUACUACAGCACUUAAUAAUGAGAUGCCAACUGAGCUACCCUCCCCAGAGGAAAUGAAGUUCAAAAUAAUGAUAAAAAAUAAGAAAGUUGGAACACUGGAAGAGACCCUUCGACGGAAGGGUAAGACCUGUAGAGGCCAGGUAAUGGAGACGGAGGAAACUGCAGAAUCGGAGGAGGAAGAGGAGGAAACACAUUUGCUCAAGAAAGCAGGUGCUCGGAAGCCAUCAUUAAAAAAGAAGGAGAAGGACCACCAGGUUAAAGUAGCAAUGUUGCUGUCAGAACUUGUGAUUUACACCAAAUCCCGGAAGUUUGUCAGCUUUGAAGAUUCAAGAAAGAAGCAGAAAUUUUAUGAAAAUAAUUCCAUAGGGGAAGUGAAAGGGCAAAAGCUCAUUAACAAGAUGGCCCACAGCUUUGUCUUGCACACAGCCUCUUUCAUAACAAGAAUUUACCCCAAAGGGACACGGACAGACUCUUCAAACUAUGAUCCUCAAGCAUUCUGGAACGUUGGUUGUCAAAUGGUGGCCUUAAAUUUCCAGACACCAGGAACACAGAUGGACCUGCUAAAUGGGAAAUUUAUGGACAAUGGUGGUUCCGGCUACAUUUUAAAACCAGAAUACUUGAGGAAAAAACACACAGAGUAUAACCCGUUCGAUGUCAUUGGGAAAUACCACCCAGUUACACUUACAAUAAAGAUUAUUAGUGGUCAUCAGCUGCCUCCUAGUAACCUUUCCAAGAGUAAUAAGGCCGAUCCUUUAGUCAAACUAGAAAUUCAUGGUGUUCCUGAAGAUAUGUCCAAGCAUCAGACUUCUGUAAUAAAGAACAACGCUUUUAAUCCUAGAUGGGACGAAACAUUUACAGUCAACAUUCAAGUGCCAGAUCUUGCCUUAAUACGCUUUGUUGUAGAAGAUCGGAUGUCUGUAAUUGCCAAUGAUUUCCUUGGCCAAUUUACUUUGCCAUUCACGGGCAUGAAUAAAGGUUACCGCCACAUUCCACUGGUUUCCAAACUUGGGGUUCCCCUCAGUCCGGCCUCUCUCUUUGUAUAUGUUUGGUACCAUGAGCAAUAA